CGAGCAUUCUGUAUGAGUGGACCCGAGCGCCAGGUUUGCCAACGUAUACGUGGGGCCACUUUCCUGGCCUACAAUCCCGACAAAUGCCAGUGUUGUCAACAGUGUGUGAAAUACAGAUCUGAGGGACAAGAUUGUCGAGCAGAUAAUUCAUUAGCCCGUGUUGUUUGCGCUCAGGGAUUGUUUUGUGAUCAGGGUACUCGUUGCGUAGCUACCCGUGUCUAACAAUAAAAAUCGUGAUUGUUCAAAUUAAAUAAAUUAUUAUUUUCA